AAGCUGGGAAGAGCGCACGUCUCCGGCUGGACAUUUCCAACCGACCCAUUACCUGCGUUGCACCAUCGAACGGACAUAUCCCAGGGCCUCUUCCAGAGUAACAGUGAGGCCUAUUCGCAGUGCUCUACGAAUUAGUCUCUUAUGCCGCUCAAGGCAUCCCGCCCCGUCUCCGCCCCAAAACCCUCCCGGAAAAAACCACCACCAGACGUCCAACCCUUCGGCGCCGUCAAACCCAAACGAAGAUCCCCUACCACCCCCCCACAGCCGGCCAUCCCACUCGCCCAACGUCUCAAUCCCUCCAAUACCAUCCCGCGAAAGUCAUCAAUCACGUUAACAUCCCUCCCAUUCGAACUCCUCCUCUGCAUCCUCGAAUUCGUGCCAAACAUCUACACCCUCGCCCCAGUAUGCAAACGAUUCCACGCGGCAACGAAACACUUUCCCGUGCAUGCAAAGCUGCUGCUGACGCUAGGGCCGACGGAGAGUAGAUUGCCCGAUACGGUGUUGAGCGAUGUGGGGUUGACGAACGCGCGGGAUCUGCCGGGGAGGCCGGGGUUGGGUGGGAGGCCUGUUGCGUUGGAUGGGGAUGAGGGGGCGCCGUGGACGUCGUGGCUGGUGAAUGCGCAACCGGAUUUGCGACCCAUGACGGUGGCGGCGAUUAUGAGGGAUGUGGAAUCGCGGCUUGGGGAGAAAGUGGGAAGGAGGGUGAGGGUAUCGCUUGGGAGGGUGGAGAUCGCAACACGAAGCGUGCAUCACAGUCUGGAUGCCGCCGAGGAGCUGCUGCUCAACCCCAUCGCAUUGGAUCUUCUUUCUCCUGUCCAGUUGCAGUCACUGACGAUCCACAACCCCCCAUCAACCGUCCUUUCAUCGCUCCCCAAUAUCCACGCCCUAACCCUCCUCGACCUCACCGACAUCCACACCGAACUCGACCUUUCCCUCCUUUCCACCGACCUCUUCCCCACCCUCCACCACCUCCACCUGCGCUCCGACGGCCGCCUUCACGACCGCACCACCAUCGCCGCCGCCUCCCUCCUCCCCCUAACACACUCCCCAAACAUCCAAACCCUCCACUUCGAAGGUCCCUGGCUCCAAGGCCUCCUCAACGACCCCCCAGCAGCCCUCUCCAUCCUCUCCACCCUCCAAACCCUCACCUCCCUCCAAAUCGACUUCGACCCCCGUCUCCACUCCCCGCACAUCGCAACCAUCAUCAAACACCUCCCAAACCUCACCUCCCUCGGCCGGCUCGGCUUCACCGACCGCCCCUUCUGGCGCAUGUUCAAGUCCGGCGACGGCGCGCAUAUAUCCGGUACACUCACCCUCGGAUCCCGCAAACAGGCCUACGAAUCCCCCUUCGUCAAACUGCCCAACACCUUCUGGGACGACCUCGCCCUCGGCCUCCUCCUCGUCUUUCCCAACACCCACCGACUGGUUGUCUGGCUCGGGCUGCGGUCCUCCGCGGCGGGGCUGUUGGCGGUGCUGAAGCGCGUGAGGAUGGGCGGGGUGAGCAGUGAUCCCGCCAGGAGGUGCAGGCUGAGGGAGGUGGUGGUGUGUGAGGCGAUCGAUGUGGGGGAUCUGGAUGCGGCGCGAUGGAGGGUCGAGGUGGGGAAGGGGGUGAGGGUGGAGGUUAGGAGUGGGGGCGAGGAGGGCGGGAGGGUUGUUAAGUUUGGCGGGUGA